AUGGAAUCACAUUGUGAAAGAAACUCAAAUUGUUAUAUGUUACGAAAAAUUUUAUUGGAUCUAAUUUUUUUAUUGAUCGUUGGCUUCUUAGUACUGGUCUUCUUCCUGUGGGGUGUGCCAUACGAAAGAGGUUUUUUCUGGGAUGAUCGAUCGUUAAAACUUCCUUUCAAGGAUUCAACUGUCACUAGUGCCAUGCUGUACAGCAUCGGGUUUACACUUCCCUUAGUUACGAUGCUGAUAACAGAGUAUCUUAGACUACGCAACUAUCAAGGACAGUCUCGUGCAAUCUUCGAUGUGGAGAUUCCAGCCUGGAUCUGGGAGACAUAUCGGGUGGUGGGCAUCUUCCUCUUCGGCUGCGCUUGCCAGCAGUUAGCCACCGGUAUUGGGAAAUACAGUAUAGGGGGACUUCGGCCACAUUUCUUUGAUGUUUGCAAUCCGGACGUUAAUUGUACACUGCCAGAGAACAUAGGCCGUUACAUAGACAGUUACACUUGCCUUGGAGACAACAGUAGACGACUCAGACAGAUGAGAUUGUCCUUUCCCAGCGGCCAUGCUUCAUUCUCUUCAUACACUAUGGUGUUUUUAGCUCUCUACCUCCAGAAGCGUGUUUCUUGGCAUGGUUCGAAGGUUCUGCGCCACUUCCUGCAAUUCGUGGUAAUCAUGAUGGCCUGGUACACAGGAAUGUCGAGAGUCUCAGAUAAUAAGCACCAUUGGGGUGACGUCAUAGCUGGCUUCAUCAUCGGUGCUGGUGCGGCUGUUCUUGCGAUCGUGUUCCUAUAUAAGCCGACGAAAGUGGAGCUAUGUUAUUCUUGCCUGACUGAAUCUACAAACCGACAAGACACAAUGUUAAGAAAUUUACAUUUGGCGCGAGAUCAGUACUGA